AUGUCAAAAAGAGGGAUCAAAGGAAAGCCAGGGGUUCAAUUGCUCUCGGAAGAAUCGGAUGACCCGUUCGUCAAGGGCAAUAACGCCAAGCGGAACAAACUCAGUCAUACGAACAAGAAUCUGUCACGUCUUGAUGAGUAUGAGGAGGACGAGGGUCGAGAGGGUAGCCGAAAUUUCCAGCGAUGGGGGGAGAUUUUCGAAAGCAAUACCAAAGGCGAAGCGAUGAAAUCCAAGACUUUCAUGAAGAACUUUGGAGAGAGGGUCCAAAAACAAAAAGAUCGUGUGCAUUUAUGGAUGCAAGAACAGGAUAAGGAAUUCGCUAAAAGUAAAGGUCAAGUUGUGGCACAUUUUGAGGAGACUUAUUCUACAGCCGCCGCGAUAUCUCUUAGAGCGUCGGGUGUUAGCAAGGAAGAUCAUGCUUUAUUUAAAGAAGCCCAGUCCAUCAUCUCGGAAGGUUACUCCCUCCUCAAGCAGUUCAAGGAAACAGACGAGCAGCUCAAAAACUAUAAACUCGAUCUUCCCACGGCAAAGUGGAAGCAAGAUGGACGGGAUAUUAAAGAGCUUCUCGCUUGCGGUCGUGAGCAUGGAGAGAAGCUCAUCGAGAAAAAGCUUGCUCCGAAGGCUUACCCAUCUCCCCACCCCGACAGGCCUAAAGUAGACGAGAGAGACAACAUGGUCUCGGAGCUUUUCAAGGACAGCGGCAAGGCAGAGGAAGGGGAUAAUUGGGGUACUAUUGCUGCAGACCAGAUGAAAAAGUUUUCUACUGUUGCGGAGACCAUCCCCAUCAAUAUUCUAGAGCGAUCAAAGUACCGAACUCACAGGGAAUAGACCAGCACAUGAGAUUUGGGAGGAUACAACUAGCUUAGCUACCGAUAUCUGGGAUUUCGACCAAAUUCUAAUGGAGGUUCACAUAUGUAUUACAAGGAAAUAGCUCUCGCAAUUAAAACGGGUUCUCAAGAAAAUGAAGCUAUCAC